AUAGUUCAUAUUCUGUCAGUUACUACUAAUGACCAUGUCACCAAGGUGAUCCGAAUCGUUCGCCUCUCAUUGUGGCAACCGGAUCAGACCUCGCGCACCCUCCUCCAUCAGAUGUUUCAACCUUUCAGCGAACUCAAUCUACCAAUAGCAAAAAAAAAUAUCUCGAGAUGUAUUCGACUCUUAUUUAUGAACUCAUCUAUGCGGUUCUCGAAUCCCGAAUCGGUAGUAUACGGAUGUACACAUUAGGGAAGUCACCGUAGGGUUCGGUGAGCUAUAAUAAGAACUGGGUCUGACUCUUCCUCCUCUCUUCGUGUCACAGGGAACUCUGACGUAGCAACAUAAAUUGUCCCUUUACCAUGUUGGCGACCAGGUUUGCGGCUAAAUUGAAGUGGCCCUAUUUUCAUCCUAUGUUUGCGGUAGCUACAUUAAUACAGGCGCAAAACCCAAGUCGUUAACUGGACUUUCGAUUGGACUUUAAAAUUGAGGAUCUGGCCGUAAAACUUCUAACUGAUAAUCAAGUGGAAGACCACACACAUGAAUAAUACAGUAUUAUAACUGUAGCAUUACUGUCGACUACACGUGACUGUGGAGAGCUUCAACUGUAUCCACAGGGGGGCAGUGACCAAUCAGAGUAUCAGAAUCAAUGACGUGUAUCCGAGGCGUCGAUUUGCCGACGUGUGUGCAGACGGGGAGAGAGGAAAAACAGCUUUAUAUCGGAGUUGUCUCGAGAUGGCCAUGCAUUUUCAUGGAAUAAGGCUAGUGAGCAUAUCAUUUCUCCAUUGAAUACACACGGUCGACGUAAACAACCCUCAUCGAAUAUUCAAAACUGGAUUACAAUAAUGAGAUGCAUCCACCAAUCCAAAGAAAGGAUAUGCGGGAGUUAGGCAGCCCGGCGUGUCGCUUUGUGGACAACGACUCUCAUUAUUAGAGCGGAGAGACAUGUAACCUGUCAGUAUAGCCAUAAUAUUUGAUAAAAGUCCAUUAACAAAGAAGUAGACCAGACCCAGCUGCUAUUGCAUUGGUGUCUAUAGGAAACACAUCUAGUAGACCGGAACGUACCUUUUUUUUUUUUUUUUUUUUUUUUUGCAAAACGGCGAGUGAACCAUCUUUAUUUAUCCACCAUCUUUGGUGUGUUCAGAAGGAUGCAGAGUAUGUAAACAAACAACAAUGACAGCCGUAGGCCUGGUUCUUUGCAGCCAGACGUUAGUUCUGCAUAGUUAUCAAGGUAUAUCAGACCCUUAUCCAUCCGUACAGAACACCUGUCGGCUCUGCGGACAAAAUCUGCUCAUCAAAGGGACAUUACAGGCGACACGAAGAAUAUUUGACAAGCCCAAAGCCUCAAAGGACAAAAAGUUAUGUGACCGAUUCCUUGCCACCGGUUUAGUGCUAACUGAGGCACCAGGGGUGAAGUCGGGCAGAAUUUGUGCUAAGUGCUAUCGACUAUUUCUCAGGAUAGAGGAAUCUGUAAGCAUUUUAAAGAAAUGGCAAUCAGAGCAUCAGACACCGGGGACGAGCAAGAAGAGGAAGCGGGAACGGGAGCCGAGUCCAUCUGAAACAGACAGGGGAGCCAAGAAGACAUCUGAACGGGAGCCGAGUCCAUCUGAAACAGACAAGGGAGCCAAGAAGACAUGUCCUCCCUAUAAAAAGGUUCCCCCGAGGAGCAGUCAUGUCGAGGUCGUCAUAACAUACCCUAACCAAUUGGAUCCGAAGCUGAAAAAGAGGGUCGAGAAGGUUUCAUCAGAAUUUUCUGGAAUGGUUGAAAACCUGGCGAAAGGCAAAUUGUCGACAUUUGUCAGGUUAGCCUUGACGAAUGAGACCACGUGUCAAGAAAUCAGAAAGCAGAUGACGCAGAGAAUAGAAGCAGAGGUCAAGGCAUAUGCAAGACCCUUAAAUUACAUGACUUCUGCUGAACCGUGCAUCUUGAGUAGUACCUCGUUGGAGAAUAUGAAGUAUUUUUCAUACGCAGCGUUGGACAAUGAGUUGUCCAGGAAGACACCGUGGCUUUAUACCACCAUCAAUACUGCAACAGGUGGUUCCACCAUCCAUAACUGUGUGGCUGCCUCGGUGGCCCUGAGAGGUAGAAACCCCAGGCUUUCUGCACUGGCCUAUGUCAUCAACUCAACACUGACCCAAGGAGGGGUUAAGCCCAUUUUCAAAAGACUCUCUAAGAUGGGCAUAACAACCACACAUAGCAAUGUCCUAAAUAAGCAGAAAGAGAUGAAGGCAGCUGGGUACAACAUCAACAUCAAAUGCUGGAGGGAGGACUGUGAGCUGUUUUUCCAGCAUAGUGUCAGGGGUGAAGUCUGCCCACGACCUCCUCCUACGGCUAAACCGACAGAGGAGACCGGAAGAGAGGAGGACGGGGGGCCAGUGGAGGAUGAGUUUGAAAUAGAGCUGGACUGGGGUCCACUGGAGGAUGAGGAUGAAGAAGAUGAGGAAGAGUGGAGUCCACUGUCAGAAGAGACAGAAAGAGAGGAGGACAGAGGGUUAACAGUGCAGGAAGAGAGAGAAGAAGAGAAAGACAGUGGUUCCCUGCUAGGAGAGACAGAAACACAGGAGGACAGAGGGUUAACAGUGCAGGAAGAGAGAGAAGAAGAGAAAGACAGUGGUUCCCUGCUAGGAGAGACAGAAACACAGGAAGUGGGACAUGCAUCAUCAGCACUACAAGGAAAUGACACACAGGAAGAGGACUCUGAUUCAACGGUGGAUUCAGAGACAGAAUACUUUGGAUUAAACCUCACCUGUGAGAGUGAUUAGAGAAGUAGCCUAACAAAGAGUCUGUAGAUUACAGAUCUAGGCCUCGGCUACAUCUCUGAACAACAAGGGACUAAUCAUAGUCUCUGGCCAAAAUGGCACCCUAUAUUCCCCUAUAUAGUGCACUACUUUUGAACAGACCCUAUGGAGUAACUAGUGCACUACUUUUCACCUGGGCCAUUUGGGACAGAAUCAUACAGUGAAAUUACUCCUGUUGAGGGGGUUAGGAUGUGAGGUCUACUGUUCCUGGUGUGUAUUCAGGGGGUCAGGAUGUGAGGUCUACUGUUCCUGGUGUGUAUUGAGGGGGGUUAGGAUGUGAGGUCUACUGUUCCUGGUGUGUAUUGAGGGGGUCAGGAUGUGAGGUCUACUGUUCCUGGUGUGUAUUGAGGGGGUCAGGAUGUGAGGUCUACUGUUCCUGGUGUGUAUUGAGGGGGUUAGGAUGUGAGGUCUACUGUUCCUGGUGUGUAUUGAGGGGGUCAGGAUGUUAGGUCUACUGUUCCUGGUGUGUAUUGAGGGGGUUAGGAUGUGAGGUCUACUGUUCCUGGUGUGUAUUGAGGGGGUCAGGAUGUGAGGUCUACUGUUCCUGGUGUGUAUUGAGGGGGUCAGGAUGUGAGGUCUACUGUUCCUGGUGUGUAUUCAGGGGGUCAGGAUGUGAGGUCUACUGUUCCUGGUGUGUAUUGAGGGGGUCAGGAUGUGAGGUCUACUGUUCCUGGUGUGUAUUGAGGGGGUCAGGAUGUGUACAGUGUGUUUACAACCAUAUUAAAGAGACCAAUUCAAACUUUAUUGUCCCAGCAGGGAGUAUUUCAUUGUGUAGCUAAGAGUACAUAGCUGCUCAACAAAAACUUCCAUUUUUGUUA